CGGGGCCGGGCGCCAAGCUCUGGGGAACGCCGCCUCCGGGCUGGUGGCAGCGCCUCCUCGGGCGCCUGUAGCCGCCGCGGCCAUGUUGGCUGAGGGCUCGAAGACAAAGCCACCUGGAGACACCGGGGCGGCGUCAUCUGGGCACGAUGGCGCGGGAGGGAAGUUCGUGGGGCCGCGUUGCCGCCAUCUCUUAGGAAGGCAUCUUCCAGUUCUGGUUCUCGGUGCACCUUCAGCCACCUGCUCUUAGUGUUCAGCCACCCCCGUGGGCCCUCGAGGGGCCGUUCCUGGUCUCCCGGCCUCACGGCGGCGCCCCGACCCUCAGGCCCGACCAGGGAGCGUUGUGGAUCGCGGAGGCUCCGCGGACCCCGGAGGGUAGGGGUGGCGCUGGCCCGCCGCCGGGGUGGCACUUACGAUGGCGCCGCCCCCGGCCCCGCUCCCCGCGCGGGAACCUAACGGGGCCGGGCGCCAGGGGGGGAAACCCGAGCCCCUGAGCUUCGCGGACGUGGCCGUGUACUUCUCCCCGGAGGAGUGGGGGUGUCUGCGGCCCGCUCAGAGGGCCCUGUACCGGGACGUGAUGCGGGAGACCUACGGCCACCUGGGCGCGCUCGGCUUCCGAGGCACCAAGCCAGCCCUCAUCUCCUGGGUGGAGGAAGAGGCCGAACUGUGGGGUCCAGAUGCCCGGGAUCCUGAGACGGGAGAGUGUCUUAGAGAAGCAGACACAGCAGGUUCCAGAGACAAGGAAGAGAAAGGACAAAGAGAAGGGACCGAGGCACUGGGGAAGAUCCUUUCUGUGGACGCUCAGCCUCCCAGGCUGACGGCUCUCAAACCCUUUUCUGCUGGGUUUUCUUAUGGUUGGGAGCAGCCAUCGACGGUGCCUCGCCGGGGUCGCCCACCACUCUGUGCCCAUCCCCCGGUCCCCAGGGCAGACCAGAGGCACGGUUGCUACAUGUGCGGGAAGAGUUUCGCUUGGCGCUCCACCCUGGUGGAGCAUCUGUACACCCACACAGGCGAGAAGCCCUUCAGUUGCCCUGACUGUGGCAAGGGCUUCAGCCAGGCCUCCUCUCUGAGCAAGCACCGGGCCAUCCAUCGAGGGGAGCGGCCCCACCGCUGCCCGGACUGUGGUCGGGCCUUCACCCAGCGCUCCGCCCUCACCACCCACCUCCGGGUCCACACGGGCGAGAAGCCCUACAGCUGUGCUGACUGCGGCCGCUGCUUCAGCCAGAGCUCCGCCCUCUACCAGCACCAGCGGGUCCACAGCGGCGAGACCCCCUUCCCGUGCCCAGACUGUGGCCGCGCCUUCGCCCACGCCUCAGACCUCCGGCGCCACGUGCGCACCCACACGGGCGAGAAGCCCUAUCCGUGCCCAGAUUGCGGGCGCUGCUUCCGGCAGAGCUCCGAGAUGGCGGCCCACCGGCGCACCCACAGCGGCGAGCGCCCUUACGCCUGUCCGCAAUGCGGCAGGUGCUUCGGCCAGAAGUCAGCCAUGGCCAAGCACCAGUGGGUCCAUCGGCCCGGGGCGGGGCGGCGCAGGGGCCGGGGUGCCAGUGGGUUGCCUGUGCCCCUGGCCUCUGGCCGAGGGGACCUGGACCCACCCGUGGGCUUCCAGCACUACCCAGAGAUAUUCCAGGAGUGUGGGUGAUGGCCUCAACGGUGACAAGGCAAAGGGUGAAGAUCUAGACAUUGUCUGAGGCCCAGGGUGGCCUCAGGGGCCUGAAACUCCGGCAACUCCGGGGAGGCCACAGAAGUCCCAGCCAGAGCUGGACCUGGGGGAGGAGGACUGUUUCAUCUUAGGCCCUCACGAGCUUCAUCUGCUGAUACCUUGUUCCCUACUGUCCCAGACUCUAGAAGCCCCCUUUGCUGAGUUAGGGCUGAGGUUAGAACCCCCACUAGACUUCCACUGUGGGGAAGAAAAGGCUGUUUCUAAGAGGACUGAGGUGGAGAACUUUGUUUUACCCACUGACUUUACUGCAGAAGUUAAAAACUGAUGUCCGGGUACUGAAUGUGGUCACAUUCAGGACUGAAUGUGGUCUGUAGCAGCCUUUUAAAAUAUAUAUAUAUAUUUAGCCCAGCCAGCAUGUUUAAAUGUUAUGAAUUAUUGGUUAAGAUUUAAAAAUGAGGAUAUUUCACACAAAAAAACAGGUUUCUGGCCUCUCUUGAAAAAUCCGAAGAUUUGGCAACUCCACCUGAGCUCCCACAAAACCACAAUUGGUGGGAGCUGAGGGGCAGUUGCCCCUUUGGAUGGAGACCAGGCUCUCCAGUUCAGCAUGCCCGCCACUCCUUAUCACCUCCUGACCAGUGUCAGCUGGCACCCAUCAUGGCUCGCCAACAUCUCUGGCAAAGCAGGCCCUCUCCAUCUGGCAUUUUUCUACUCAUUUACAUGACCUGUUGGGUUUCUGUAGUCAUUUGAGUUUGCAAACUGUAGUCUACAGCAUUCAAUUGUUCUUGAAUCAGGGAUUCAGGUAGAGAGCAUAUUUGUGAAAGGGUGGCAGGAGAGAAGUAAAAGGAGGCUUUAUGUUAGAUCUUGGCUCAUAUUGCAUUUUAUGGUUUACAAAGUACUGUCUUGUCCAUCAACUCAUUUCACCCUCAUAAUUGCCUAUGGAAGGAAGCAUCUUGCUUGGAGAGGACAGCCCAUCAGGAAGAGGUAGUCAGGACUGAAUUUUUUGCCCCAAAUGGAGUGGUGUCUCCACCUCAGCACCACUCAGCUGACCUGCACUUCCUGUUUUUGAAGGGGAGGGGCCUGAGAGACCCCUCUAGUACUCCUUGGGCCUCCCUGGGAGAGCCCUAUGGCUCAGGCUUUGCUAUUCUAGGCCCAGCCAGGAGGGCCUCAUCACAUUUCUGAACUGGAAGAGAUCUUAGCUUUUCCAUCCUUUUGCAUUUGGGGACACUGAGACUGGGGAAAGCUGAGCAACCUGUCCAAGGUCACACACAGAGUGAGAUGCUAGGAUUCUUUGUUUCCUGCUGUCUUUACCAUACCACUCCUGAGCUCCUUGCCAGUGUCUCAGCCAGGGUUCUGGAAGCAUCUUCCCA